GUCGUCCUGGAUGUCGUCGCUCUUGGAUAAACUGAGGCGCUUGUGGCCCUUUUCGUUGUGCGCGGGGGAGGAAAAUCUCCCAAAGGUCAGUCAGGCGAAGACAUGAGCAACAACACACACGCACAAGCGAGAUCUCUCCCCUUCGUGUGCUGUGUUGGUCGGUGCGGCAUCCAUGGGCUGACGGCGCGUAGCCGGUUGGGCAGGAGGUAGGCUGCAGGACAACACAGUCGGCAGAUGGCAAUUCACCGUUGGUUGGCGUGCAUGUGUGUGUGCAGCAAGGCGCCGAGGGCACUCUGCUGCCGGUGGGGAUGCGUAGCGACGCUGAAGUACGGUCGCCACCAGAGAGAGCCAAACUAGGUCGCACGUCGGCGUCGCGGGUGCUGUGUUUCAGGUCAGCGAGUCUGCUUCGGCCUCUAACAACAACCACGUCCAGAGCAAUGGGACCGAAGAGGUACUUCCAUGGCUGGAUGACAGCGCCUCCACACACAACACCCACACCCACACACGUGCGUCAUGUGUGUGUGUGGUUUGCACAUCUCUCUGUGCAUUGUGUGUGUGCGCGACAGAUUGCUGCUGCGGCCCGCCCGUCGGCCACGACUACGAUGCACACCAGCCACACGCUGGGCAGCGGGGCAGCCACCCCAAACGGCGGUGGGCUGGGUGCGGUGCACGAGUCUGUCCAACAGGACGACGACCAGGACGACCACAUGGUAGGUCAUGCACCACACACCACACACCAUCACCUGCACAUACCGCACACACCCACCACACACCUGCACCGCCACACACACCACACACCAACUAGAUGGGUCGGAUUCGGUCCCCUCUGUGCGUCGUGUGUGUGCAGCGUGUGCAGGAGGAGGGCAAAUCAGCUGAUGACAACAACAUCGGGGUGACUGACCGACGCACACACACACACAGCACACGGGCAGACAGAUUCCGUUUCUCUGUGUUCUGCCUGACUGCAUCAGGGUGGUGACGGCGGGGUGAGUGGUGCUGGUGCUGGGGGAGGGGGCGGGGGCAGUCUGGUAUGCAACACGAACAAUGGGCCUAUCAGUGGGGGGUGAAGACACAGACGCACAAUGUCAUCCAUCGUCUUUGCGGAUGUGUCAGGUUGUCCAGCAGGGCGGCAUGACUUCGGGGGCCGGGCCGCUCGGUGGCGGCGGCAACACCCCUGCCAACAACAGCCAGGGUGCUGGGGGCUCUGGCCAAAACGACAACAUCGAUCGGGUGAAUGGGACGUGUGUGUGUCGCGCACCGUAUCCAUCCAUCCAUCCAUCCAUCCAUGGAAUGAAUGAAUGGAUGGAUGGAUGUGUCGUGUCCGUCUCUCCUCUCCUUGCUGCUGUCCAUCAGCAAAUCGUGGGGCACCUGGGCGACCCCCGGACCUUCGCUGACAUGGUGAGCGGCGGGAGAGAGAGACGGCCAGCUCAUCUGUCACGGAUAGAUGGAUGGAUGGAUGGAUGCCCUCUGCAGCUUCGUGCAAGUGUUCGUGCACCGCCGGUCCCGCUGGGCGUGCGCCCCGACAUCGCCCGGCUGGGCAUGACGGCUCCAAGGCCGGUAAGCAGCCGCACACCGCACAGCAAAUAGAGAGAUAAAUGGGGUGGAGUGGGGUGAAUCGUGGACAGAGAGAGGGAGGGGAGGGAUGCCUUCCUUGUUUGUAUGUAUGGUGUCGUCUCUUGUGUUGUGUUGUGUUGCGUUGUGUUGCGUCAGGUGGGCGGCAACCUCGCGGGGGGACUCGGCAUCGGCGGCGGCAACUACAACAUGGGCACCGGCAGCCAGCAGACCAUGCCGCCGAUGGGCGGUGCACUCGGGGUGCGUGUACGACGAAUGCAGCAUGCACGACACGACACACACGCGACAGAUAAGGCAUUUUGUGCGUUUGUGUGCUUCCCGUUCUCUCUCUCUCUCUCUCUGUCUGGCUGUGCAGGGCCCACCGCUCACGCAGCUGCCGCUGGUCAACAACCAGGUGCCGCUCAACUACAACGGACAGGCAAGAAGUCGAUAUCAAUGA